CAAAAUUCACAACCCCUCUUCCUUUUUCUCCAUCCACCACCAUCAAAUCGACAGCGACACAAACAAAGAGGGAAAAAAACAAGCAAACCCCACUUCAUCGGCCCUGUUUUUAUGCCCUCCUCCGCCGUGAACGGCUGAUUUUCACUAUCCUCACUCCACAUUACCGGCCGGAGAAUUGAAAUUUCGUCUUACUUACUAAAAUCCGCCGUGGACGGUGGCGGAGGUAGCUCGAAGUCGCUGUCGGCGUUUGAAAAUCAAACCCCUAAGGUUUCUUCGUUCUAACUUUCCGGCAAGGCAGUUGGGGAAAGAGGGUUGGAUUGAAAAGGAGAGGGAGAGAGAGUGAUAGUCCACUCUUGUAUUUGACUAAUUUAUCUCUCUCUCUCUCUCUCUCUCUCUCUCUCUAGAAUUAUUAUAUUACUGUGACUUUCUGAUUAUUUGGGGUUUUUUAUUUGGGGGUUUUCGUUUUUCUUUGAUACCCAUCUCUGUGAAUCGAAGAAAUUUAGGAACGGAGGGUUUCUUAGAGAUGAAGAUUGAAGUGGAGAAGCAAAUAAGAGGAAAAGGGUAAGAAUCGUUAUGGGUUUUUGAUGAACAGGGGAAGAAGGUAAUGCAAUUUUGGGUGUUGGGUUAUUGUAAUCUUAUGCUAUUUGAUAUCUGUGAUGGUAGAAUAGGUAGCUAUGUAGAUAUAGACAAUGAAAACUUGUAGGAUUUUAGCUUCCUGUUUAUGAACAAUCAUGGUUUAUAAGAUACACUUUGUAUUCUGGUUGUUCUUGUUGUUGUUGCUGUUGUUUGAGCCCACAUUUCAACAAGAUUCACCGGUUGAACGUGUUGAACGAGUUGCGUUACUUGAGCUCAGAUCGUCGUUAGGUUUGAGAAGCAAGGAGUGGCCCAUAAAGGGUGACCCCUGCUUAGUUUGGAAGGGUGUCAAGUGUCAGAAUGGUAGGGUAACUGAGAUCAAUAUUGCUGGAUUUAGAAGAACAAGAAUUGGUAAACAGAACCCUCAGUUUGCUGUUGAUGCCUUGGCUAAUUUGACUUUGUUGCAGUCCUUUAAUGCCUCUGAGUUCUUGCUUCCCGGAGUCAUUCCCGAGUGGUUCGGGUUGCGUCUUGGCUUGCUACGAGUGCUUGAUCUGCGGUCGUGUUCUGUAUUUGGUUCUAUUCCAUUGAGUAUUGGGAGUUUGAACAACUUGACUGAUCUGUAUCUGUCUGAUAAUAAUCUUACUGGGACUAUACCUUCUAGUUUAGGCCAAUUGUUGAGCCUUUCGUUGCUUGAUUUAUCUUGUAAUACACUCACCGGAAUGAUUCCCUCGUCGCUUGUGUCUCUUGUUCAUCUUUCUCUGCUUGACCUUUCUUCUAAUUACUUAGCUGGGUCCAUCCCUCCCGGUGUUGGGAGCUUAUCGAAGCUUCGAUAUCUAAAUCUUUCGAGAAACAGUUUAUCUUCUUCGAUACCUACUCAGUUUGGAGGGCUUGUUAGUUUAGUUCACCUUGACUUGAGUGUCAAUUCUUUGUCUGGUUCAUUGCCUUCGGAGUUAAGAGGAUUAACGAGCUUGCGAAAUAUGGUACUCGGGAGCAAUACGCUCGUUGGUUCCUUGACUUACGAUAUGUUCCACACUUUAACACAGUUGCAAUACUUGGAUCUGAAGGAUAAUAGCUUUACUGGCUCAAUCCCUGAUGGGUUGUGGUCUAUGCCUGGAUUGCAGCUUCUUGAUGUGUCUGGGAAUAAUUUCACUGGGACACUUCCUAAUUCUAGCUCGAGUUCGAAUAUUACUGGUGCUGUACUGAAUAUAUCUAAGAAUCUGUUUUAUGGGAGGCUUACACCCAUAUUGAAAAGAUUCAGUGUCGUCGAUCUGUCGGAAAAUUACUUUGAAGGCAAAGUUCCCGAAUAUCUACCCGCCAACGUAUCUUUUGUGAGUAACUGCUUCACAAAUGUGUCGAGACAGAGGACGUUGGCUGUAUGUACAUCGUUCUAUUCUGCAAGAGGCCUGACUUUUGAUAAUUUCGGCUUCCCUAAGGCUACGCAACCUCGACAAGCGGAAGCGUUGAAGAAGAAGAGCAAUAGAAAAGCUAUUAUCUUGGGCAGUGUUAUUGGGGGAACUUCUCUUAUCUUGCUAAUAGUAUUGCUGAUGUUUAUCUUCCUUAGGAGGCGAGCAAGAAGCACGACUACUCAACGAGGAGGAGGCGUCGUGGGACCAGUUCUUCCCGAGGACACUAUUGAACCAUCUCCUGGAUUGUUGAUUGACUUUGCAAGUUUAGGAGAAACGUUCAAGUAUCAACAAAUGCUUCAAGCAACGAAUGAUUUUAGUGAUUUGAACCUUAUCAAACAUGGUCAUUCAGGGGAUCUCUUCCAUGGCGUAUUGCAAAAUGGGGUUCGUGUUGUUAUCAAACGGGUCGAUUUGCGCGUUAUUAAAAACGACGCUUAUUUGGUCGAAUUGGAAUUCUUUAGCAAGGUUUCGAGUGUACGAUUGGUUCCUCUUAUCGGGCACUGCUUGGAGAAUGAAGAUGAAAAGUUCUUGGUGUACAAAUAUCUGCCGAACGGCGACUUGUCAGCUUCGUUGUUCAAGAAAAUCAAGACAGAUGAUGAUACUUUGCAGUCAUUAGAUUGGAUUACAAGGCUUAAAAUUGCAUUAGGAGCUUCAGAGGGCCUUUGUUUUCUGCAUCAUGAUUGUAGCCCACCCCUUGUGCACAGAGAUAUUCAAGCAAGUAGUAUACUUCUUGAUGAUAAAUUUGAAGUGCGACUCGGAAGCUUGAGCAACGUUUGUAGCCAAGAAGGCGAUGGCCAACCGAGCAGGAUUACAAAGCUUCUCAAAUUGCCACAGUCAUCGGAGCAAGGCGCUUUAGGUUUGCAGACAGCAGUAAAUGCCUAUGAUGUUUACUGCUUUGGAAAGGUGUUGUUGGAGCUAGUAACAGGAAAGCUCGGGAUUAGCGCCUCCCCCGAUGCCGAAAUCAAAGAAUGGUUAGAUCAGACGUUACCGUGCAUCAGCAUAAACAACAAGGAACUCGUGAUGAAAAUCCUGGAUCCAUCCUUGAUUGUAGACGAGGAUCUGUUGGAAGAAGUAUGGGCUGUGGCUGUCGUCGCCAAGUCGUGUCUCAAUCCGAAACCUUCAAGGCGACCCUUGAUGAAAUACAUUGUCAAGGCUUUGGAGAAUCCAUUGAAGGUAGUAAGGGAAGAGAAUUCGGGUUCAGGACGGUUUAGAUCGACUUCCAUUGGAAGUUCUUGGAAUGCUGCUUUGUUCGGUAGCUGGCGUCAAAGUCUGUCGGAUCUAACCGUGCUUCCAUCAGCCUCAAUGUCAAAAGUAGGUGGAAGUAGUUUCAAACGAUCAGGAACAAUGGGUUCGCAAGGAAGCGGACAGAACGGUGGCGGGGAACAUUCGUCUUCUCGUCGACAGCAUUCGAAGGAGAUAUUCCCGGAACCGACGGACGUCGAAAGAUUGGAGAACGAGUAGCGGAAAUACAUUGGUUUGGUGUUUGAUUCUUUGUUAAUAACACAGCACACUCAAAUUGGUUUUGGAGCAACUGAGAGAGUGAAAUACAGAGAGAAAGAGAGAGAGAGGGAGAGAGGGUUCUGUUUGAUUACUUGUUUUCUAUGAGAAAACAAGCUGCAUUUUUUCUGUAAUUGAUCCAUUGGUUUCUUGUAGCUUUUGGAGUGUAAAUUGUAAGUUGUUUUAUAUUCUCCAUUCAAGCCAUAAAUGGCCCGGUUUUCGGCUGA